GUCGCGGCGGUUGGUGAUCUGAAGCGGCGGAGCGGCGCGAGGCUGAGGAUGGAGAGCGCUGCGGGAGACGACACCGCCGCCGCCGUGAAGGUUUGCAUUCGUUUGAAGCCGCUCUUCCAAAGAGAGAGCGGAGAGCCUCCUGCGGUUCAUUGGAAACAAGAUGAACAAAGCCUUUGUCAGAUUGAUGGAACCAAAUCAUUCAGUUUUGACCGAGUCUUCCAUGCUGGAGAGUCAACACAAACUGUAUAUGAUGAAGUCGCACACUCUCUUGUCCUUUCCACUGUCCAAGGCUACAAUGGUACUAUAUUCGCUUAUGGACAAACGUCUUCUGGAAAAACUUACACAAUGAUGGGAAGUAAACUAUCUCCUGGAAUUAUUCCACUGACCGUUCACAAGCUAUUUAAAGUUAUUGAGGGCGUGCCAAACAGAGAAUUUCUGCUGCGUGUUUCUUAUAUGGAGAUUUAUAACGAGAAUGUGACUGAUUUACUGGUUAAGCAGAAAGGAAAACCCUUAGAAAUUAGAGAAGAUAUUCAGAGAACAGUUUAUGUUGCUGAUCUUAACGAAGAAGUAGUUGCAACUUUUGAGGACGCAAUGGCAUGGCUAAGGAAAGGAGAAAAGAACCGCCAUUAUGGAGAAACCAAAAUGAAUGAACACAGCAGUCGGUCACAUACUAUUUUUAGAAUGAUCUUGGAAAGCAGAGAGAAAAAUGAUGGUUCAAUGCCGGAAUCGAUCGACGAAGCAGUAAAGGUUGCUCAUUUGAAUUUGGUCGAUCUAGCAGGAAGCGAGAGGGCCAGUCAAACGGGAGCUGAGGGUGUCAGACUGAAGGAAGGAUGUAAUAUCAACCGUAGUUUGUUCGUGCUUGGCCAAGUAAUUAAAAAACUCAGUGAUGGACAGACGGGUGGAUUUAUAAAUUACAGAGACAGUAAAAUAACUCGGAUCCUGCAAAAUUCAUUGGGUGGGAAUGCAAAGACAGUUAUCAUUUGCACAAUUACUACAGAUGCUUUGGAAGAAACUGUUAGUACGCUUCAGUUUGCAAGCACUGCUAAAUUUAUGAAGAACACCCCUCAUGUGAAUGAAGUGUUGGACGACCAAGCAAUGCUUAAGCGUUACCGCAAAGAAAUAAUGGAUUUGAAAAAUCGUCUUGAAAAAAACCAAAUCAAAUGCAACUCAGAACUCACUCCCGUCCAGAAUUGGGAGGAUUAACAGGGUC